AUGACUGAGAUCGCAGAUGAGAGUAGAGAUUUAUCUGGUCGUCGCAUUUACGUCGAUGGCGUUUUUGACCUAAUACAUUGGGGUCAUCUUAAUGCUUUAAGACAGUCCUAUGAACUUGGAGGACAGCUUGUGAUUGGAGUAAUAUCAGACGAUGAUACUCAGAGAGCUAAGGGAAUUUUACCAAUUUAUACUGAUCAAGAAAGGGCUGAAAUAGUCCAGGCCUGUAAGUGGGUGAAUGAUGUUAUGGUUGGAGUACCAUACGACGUCACUUUGGACUUUUUACUCAACACUGCAAAGUGUGAUUUUGUGGCUCACGGAGACGAUAUCGCAAUUGGCACUAAUGGAACUGAUGCCUAUAUGGAACCAAAAAAGGCUGGAUUAAUGAUACAUUUUAAACGUUCACAUGGAGUGAGUACAUCAUCAACGUUAUCAAGAUUAAUAGAAUCAUUGGAGUAUGAAAGAUUUUUACAUUUAACAAAUGGUAAUCAUAAGUCAGUUCCAUCAGAUUUUGAGGCUGAUCUUCUGAAGAACGAGAAUGAUUUGUUGAACGAAGGUUUAACAGAGGUUGAAACUACAAGAACUUAUGAACAUCACGUUUCAUACCCGAGGUGUAGAUUAAAUUUAAAUCUACUUUCAAAAUUCAUACCUAAUAGAGAAAGACCAAAAGAUGCCACAGUAGUAUAUGUAGAUGGAAGUUUCGACUUAUUUCAUAAUGGGCAUGUGAGGUUCCUAAAGAAAGCAAGAGCGUUGGGAGAUUAUCUCAUUGUUGGAAUCUAUGACAAUCAAACGGUUAGAACUAUUAAAGGCUCACCAUUUCCAUUCACAAACAUGCUUGACAGAUGUCUAGUAGUUUCAGCCAUGAAGUAUACUGACGACGUUAUUUUAGGUGCUCCUUAUAAAAUCACUAAGGAUUUUAUCAAGAACUAUGGAAUUGAUAUUGUGGCGGUUGGAAAGUAUAGCGAUUCCAGGCUCAUCAAUGUUGCUUCAAAUCCUCUAGAGGUGGUGGAAAGUAUGGGUAUUCUGAGAUACGUAGAUUCUGAGCUCAAGACCACUAGUUCAGAAAUCAUUAAAAGGGUUUCAGACAGAAUGGGUCAAAUAAGGAAAAAUGUGUCAGAUCGCUGUAAAAAGGAGUUAAAUCACUACAAGGAUUAUUACUAA